UUGCAACGGAACUUGGCGCGUCCUUCUGGCCGGCCCAAGGCAAUAGCCAGAGAACUUUGUUCAUUUCACUUCAAAUGAUCUUCGACCGUCGCUAUGUCGUCGAAUUUAAAUUCGUUUGUGUUGGAUCAGCCUUCUUUCUUACAAACACGUGAUCCAAGUAUUAAUGGCUGGGACCAACGAGUACGUUUUGUGGCACCUGUGCGAAAACAACUAUUCAAUGGAGUGCUCGAAGAGGAGGAAUUGGAAUUGGAAGAAAGCAAAUCUGAGAAGACUAAUUUCAACACCUAUCUUCGAUUGAAACCAAGCUCCGUCCCCGCAGACCAGGCAACGUUCUCUGUCCUUAAUGAUACAACCGUUGUCACAAAUCCUCCGAAAGAGUCUGCAACCUUCAAGAAUAAAAUUUCAGGGAGAGUGCUUCAUCAGUACACUUUCACUAAAGUGUUAGGCCCUAAUACAACACAGAAAGAGCUUUUUGACGAAUGUGUGUCAUACCAGAUCAAAGAUUUUAUUCUUGGCAGAAACUGUCUCAUGUUUGCUUAUGGAACAACAAAUGCUGGAAAAACUCAUACCAUCCAAGGUAAUGGAUCAAGUCCAGGCGUUAUUCCAAGAUCCCUGGAUUUAUUGUUCAAGAGUAUUCGAGGUCAAGUAUCAAGCGUAGGGCGCUACAAACCAGAUAAAGUUGAAGGCAUUGUUCAACUUGAUUCUACUACCAUUGCUCUUGAACUAGAAUAUAAAAACCGUAUUCUUCAGUGGAAUUGGGAUAAGCCUCUAGAACCAAUCAAGUCUGGAGUUACAACCUCGUCUUGUGAUAUAAGUGGAGGGAGUGAAUCAGAUUUCAUUUCAAAUACCUUUAGAGAAAUGCAAAAAACCCUUUCCAAUGACUCCCCGAUUGAUAUGUCUACUGAGGGGGAUGUUGUUUAUGGUGUUUGGGUAUCAUUUGCUGAAGUGUACAAUGAAUGCAUAUACGAUCUCCUUGACCCAAUUGUGAUUCGCAACCGUAAGCGAGUUCCACUUAAAAUGUCCCAAGAUGGAGAUGGCAAUACAUUUAUUAGAGACCUUAAAAUGGUUCAUGUUUCUUCUGGAGACGAAGCCUUUCAUGUGAUGUUGUAUGGAAAAGCAAACCUUCAGGUAGCUGCCACUAAUAAAAAUAUGCUCUCCAGUCGUUCACACUGUAUAUUUAGCAUUAAACUUGUACGGUAUGCUAAUUCUGAUGACCCGACGUGGGCAGUAGUAAGCUCGUUCACCUUUUGUGAUUUAGCUGGGGCCGAAAGGGCUAAAAAAACAUUGAAUGCUGGAGACAGGUUAAAGGAAUCCAAUAACAUAAAUUCCUCUCUCCAUGUGCUUGGCAGAUGCUUAACUACCAUCAAAGAGAACCAAAGGAAGAAAGAAAGAAAACCAGUUCCAUACAGGGAUUCAAAACUAACCAGAAUAUUCCAGAGAGCUCUUACUGGCCAUGAAAGAAUCACUAUGGUUGUGAAUGUGAAUACAGCCCCUAUUCUUUUUGAUGAGACUGUAAAUGUUCUCAAGUUUUCUGCAAUCGCCAAACAAAUUGUUUUGGAAACCCCUAUUAAAAAGUCAAAACCUGUGGCCAAGAAAAGUCGUUUCUCCCUAAUGGUUACCAGGCCUAACCAUCAUGGCACUAUUUGCUGGGAUGCCCCGCUAAAUGAUCGUGACAAGAGUACAGACUCGCAGCAUUCUGAUGUUAAUAUCCAGAAAUAUAAUGCUCAAAAUGAGGAGCUGUUGAUCCUUGUAGAGAAGCUAAAACAGCAGUUGGUUCAGGAAAAAGAAAAGAAUCUAACUCUGGAGAGAAACAUAAGACAAACUAUGACGCAGUCUUUUUCCAAAAUGAUAACAGACAUGGAAAAUUCUUACAAAAAUAGAUUGCGAGAUGCAGAGGAACGUAGCGAGAAUCUCGCGAAUUGGAGGAUAACUGUAGUUGAAAAUUUCUACAAACAGCAGUUGGAAGGAUCCCGUAAACGUCGUCGAGAUUCGAAUGCUGAUGAAAGUAUUGUAGAGUGUGAUAGUUCUGAACCAACUCAUCGUGUACAAGAGCUAGAGGAAGAAGUUAAUUUAUGGGAAAAUAAGUACAGUGCUGUUCACGAACUAUUAAAAGAAGCUCAAGAAAUACAAGCCUCACUUACAACUGAAAACUCCACUCUGAAAUUCGAAUUAUCAAACAUCAAAGGAGAAUUGGAACAAUGUCAACGUCAGCUGUUGGCUUCAGAAAUACAAGAUGAUGGGUGCAAAGAUUCUCUUUCCACGGAGCUUUCUAGACAACUAAAGAAUGAAAAGGAAACAGUUUCCAACCUAAAGAGGAAAAACGAGAAUUUUGUAGAGCUUUUGGAGGAAGCCAAAAACGAUUUUAAAAUGAUGAACAAGGACUGUGAGGAAGCAAAUACUAAGGCUGAGGAGCUUCAAAAAGAAUUAGUAGAAAAAUAUGAUGAGGUGGCUGAACUUACCCAUGACUUGGAGGAAACUCAGCUGUUGCUGCUUCAAAAAUCAAGAUUGUAUGAGAAACUUGAAGCGCAACAUGAAUCUCUUCUAAAGAUCCAUGAAAAUUGUGAGAAAACAUUGAAAGGAACUACUUUAUCUUCUGAGGAUCAUGAAGAAACACAACGUGCCGUCGAGGAGCUACAAGGAUUACAACUUAAGCUAAAAUCACUCUCAGUCUCUGAUGAUCUUGUGGACAAUACUGGUUGUGAAGGCUCGAAGGCACUUCUUACCAUUACCCACUCGCUCUCUGGAUCUGUAAAGUCAAAGCUUGAAGAAAAUGAUGUUCUCAUCAAAAGAGUCAAAGAGUUAGAGGAACUCCUUCAAGAGUUGAAUCAAACAAUCUCAAAUAAGGAAGAGAAAAUUGAUGCCCUUGUGACUCAAAUAAGUUCUUUGGAAUCUGAUGUAAGUCGCCUGAAUAAUGUGCUCAAAGAACUGGAAAGUGUAAAAGAUGAGAAAAAUCAGUUGCAAGAUGAGACCAAAUCCCUCCAGAAAGAUCUGAAGGCUACACUGCAGAAAAACAUGAAAAUGCAGGAGAAGUUGGUGGAAACUCAAUCAGAACUUGAAAACAGCCAAAGUAGUUCAAAUCGUCUAGAACAGGAACUGAAAUCUCUCCUUCAAAAGUCAAAUUCUCAGUUGAACAUUAGUGUAUCAUCUCAGAUAGAAAUAGAGACAUUAGGCUCUAAAGUUAAAACCUAUGAAGAAACCAUGAAACUUCUUAAGGAUUGGAAGGAAGGUGCAGAUACUGAAAUUGACCAAUUGAAGAAAGAAUUGAAAGAAUCAAGAGAAGAAAAUCAAAGGUUCACAGAGACACUGCAAGUCAAGGAGGCAGAAAUUGAGAAAAUUAUGAACCACAGAACAGAACUUAUAAACCGAUAUGAUCUUGCCACUAACAAAGUCCAGGAAGAACUCGAUAGGGAGAAACGAGAAGUAAUUAGAUUACGUGAUGCUUUAUAUAAGAGUACUCCAACUCCUAAAAAGAAUGAUAGUGCUGAAAUACGUCGUUUGAAAGACCUCGUGGAAACUCUUCAAGCUGAGCUGUCCCACCGGAAAAAUGAUGAUCAGCAAUCUGCUAAGAAGAUUUCCAGAAGUGCAAGGAAAACAUCUAAACAAGAAUGCAGUAACAGUGAAGAGUCUAUUGACAGUCUUAAAGAAAAUGUGGAAUUCACAGCUCCACCAUCUGCAUCCAAGUCAAAAAGAACUACACAUGCUGAUACUAAAUGUGUCACGAGUUCCAAUAAUGAAUUAAAACUUGCCGAAGAGUUAGCAUCUUCUGUUGAACAGCCUGUUCCAGAAAGCAAACCACAGAGAAGAGCGCGCAGACUUUUUAGCAGACAGCAAACUUCAUCCUUUGACAGUGAAGUAGAGCUAGAGGAUGGAUAUCUACCAGCAACAAAACCGGAGAGUUUAAUGAAAAGAUCUUUACGUAAUCGCAAGGAUUAGAGCAUUUUGUGAUAGUGUACGAAACUUGUAUUAGUUUUAUUUUUACUCGAUUUUAGUUUUAAAAAGCUCUUGUUAUCCCUGUUCUAUCAGUGUGUAAUGUGUGUAAUUUUAUAAAACUUUUUAUUAUCAUUUUAAUUUUUCUCAAAUUUAUUGAUUCCCCUCUACCUUCCCUACAAAUUUCAAAGCAUAUUUACAUGCUUCAACAUGUGGUACAAAAGUAACAGUAGGAUCGCAUUGCUAAAUAUUUAAAACACGCAAUGGAGUAUCCUGCCCCUUCACACUGCUUACAAUUCCGUAUCGCGAAUAGAAACACGAUCGAGGAGUACUUGGAAAAAGCUCAAGGUGGUGACUUAGAGGCGACUGAAUGCUUGAGAAAAGAUUUCCCGCCAUAAUUGUAGCACCGCCUUGUGUCGACAACUGCCUCCUCUCUCCUCACAAACAGCGAAGGCGCAGGCGCAAGUGACUUCUGCUUCUGAUAAAAAUUUGAACUGAAUUGCAUUAGAAUAUUCGGCUACACGUUUCAUGUAUUUAGACAUUUAAUCUUGCUUCUACCAGGAAAUGGAAACCCUGAAGAGAUCUAAAAGAAAAAGGGCACCAAAGCAAUCCCUCACUGAUGACUUCGACUACGAUGCUCCUAAAACAGUAAAGAAACUGAAGCGGAAGAAACAACCGCAAUGCACCUCAGAAAAUCUUAGUGGACUUUAUCAAUGUGAUCAUUGCCCACUGUCUUUUCAAAAUGAAGAACUCCUUUUUAAACAUGAAGAAGUGCAUUUUGAGACUGAGCAUGUAAAUGUGUGUGGGGAUUGUGGACUUGUGUUUGCUUCCAAAAUGUCCUUGCAUGCCCACAAACGUGUGAAACACAAGGAAAAGUUGAGCUCGAAGGGUCCACGUUUCAAAUGUCAAGUGUGUGAUAAAAUGUUCCUCCAUAAGUCAGGCCUACGAACUCACUUGACUAUUCAUACUGGGGAGAAGCCAUUCAAGUGUGAUGUAUGUGGACUCGAAUUCAGACUUAAUAGUAGUUUACAACGUCACAUGUGCAAAGAGCACUUUAGUUAUAAGCCCUUUAAGUGUGACCAGUGCGGAAAAGAUUUUAGUCAUAACAGUGACUUAAUGCAUCAUGUGCGGUCAGUGCAUGCCAAAGAGCGCCUCUUUGUCUGCCAAAUAUGUCAUGAAAAAUUUACUACUAAUGUUGUUCUAAUGAGGCACAUAAAUAUUCAUUUUGAGUUAAAAUUAAAUGAAUGUAAAGUAUGUGGAGCUAAGUUCUCUCACAGUGGAUCAUUAUAUAAUCACAUGAAAGUUCAUAGUGAAGAAAGAGCAUAUCAGUGCCCAACUUGUGGAAAAAGCUACAAACUGAAAUCUCACUUAAAAAAUCACAGCUGUAAAGUGAAUUCCAGGCAUCCUAGAAAAGAUACGUCAUUAGGAAGCUCAAGUAAAAAAGGUUCAAUUGAUGUUAAUGAUGUGGAGUCAGAGAAGUCACCCAAAAUAGGGGCUCAUCAUGAAUCAGUAUUUAGGCAAGAAUUUAAAUUGCAAGUCAGAUACCCAUGAGCGAUAUGUAUUCUGCUGUGACAUGUGUAUUAGUGCAUCUAUUAUCUGAUAUAAAUGUUCAUUUCAUGUUCCCUGUAA